CACUACGAAUGCCUUUGGCGUCUUUCCUGACGCACUGGAAAUCGGGACGGCAGUUUACCUAAGUCUAAAGCAUAAAAGGACGAGCGUGGACUCAACGAAGUCGUCUAACUUAGAGUACCGUCACAAUGGCUACAAAGAAGAUCUACGAUUAUCUGGUGAUCGGCGCGGGUUCUGGAGGCAUUGCUUCGGCGAGGAGGGCCGCUUCCUAUGGGGCAAAGGUUGCAAUAGUUGAGUCAGGACGUUAUGGAGGCACUUGUGUUAAUGUCGGCUGUGUGCCAAAGAAAAUCAUGUGGACGACUGCUAGCUUUGCCGACGCCCUGAAGGAAGUGAAGGGUUAUGGGUUCGAUAUCACCGAGGGCCGCCCUUUCAACUGGCUCACCGUCAAGCAAAAACGGGAUGCGUAUAUUGAGCGCCUGAACGGGAUUUACGAGAAAAAUUUGGACAAGGACGGUAUAGAAAAGAUCAAUGGGAUCGCGAAGUUCAUCAACCCGAAGACUGUAGAGGUGGCCGGGAAGCAAUACGAGGGCAAGCAUGUUCUCAUUGCUACAGGCAGCUAUGCCUGGAUUCCCAAGGACAUUCCCGGUGCUCAAGAGACUGGCAUGAUCAGCGAUGGUUUCUUUCAACUGGAAUAUUUACCCAAGAAGGUUGCAUUAGUCGGAGGUGGAUACAUCGCUGUCGAGUUGGCCGGAAUUUUCAACGCCCUGGGAGCAGAUACAACUCUCUUCAUCCGCCACGACGAAUUUCUCCGAGCCUUCGAUCCGGUCAUUAGUCAGACGGUCAUGAAGACUUACGAGGACGCCGGCGUGAAGAUCGUCAAAUCGUCACGACUUAAGAAAAUUGAGAACACCGGCUCAAAUGUGAAGAAGAGUUUGAACAUCCAAGUGGAGAUCAAAGGACAAAUGACUGCCGCGGACGCCUUCACCGGAUUCGAAGAGAUAGUAUACGCCGUAGGCCGGAACGCCCACACCGAGGCACUGAACUUGGAUGUGACGAAAAUCAAGACCGAUGACCAUGGGUACAUUCAAGUGGACGAUUGGCAAAACACCGCUGAGGAAGGUGUCUAUGCUAUCGGAGAUGUGUGUGGGAAGGCCAUGCUGACACCAGUUGCCAUCGCCGCUGGACGUCGGCUUUCCGACCGUCUGUUUGGCAACAAGCCGAAUUCCAAACUCGAUUACAGAAACAUCCCCUCCGUGAUCUUUUCCCAUCCUCCUGCUGGGAGCGUCGGACUGAGCGAGAACGAGGCCAAGGAGAAGUUUGGCGAGAAAGCUCUCAAAAUCUACAUAUCCAAGUUCACCAACAUGCAUUUUGCGCUCACCGAGCACAAAGAGCCGACCGUGUACAAACUCAUCUGUGCAGGUCCGGACGAGAAAGUUGUUGGGCUGCACAUCGUUGGGAAGGCUUCGGAUGAAAUUCUUCAAGGCUUCGCUGUUGCGCUCAAUAUGGGUGCAACCAAAGCGGACUUCGACAGGACCGUUGCCAUCCACCCAACGGCUUCCGAGGAGAUAGUCACCAUGCGUUGAGCGCUAGAGUAUAUAGUGUCUAGAAGGCAUCUUAUCGUAGAGACAGGCAAAGCCGUCCUGGGUAUGCUUCACUGAACAGAAGCCUGGAUGUAGCUAGUCCCAGUAAUACAGGAAGCAUCAUAGUCCUUCAUUCAGAGAGUUCAGUCAACAAUGUUUGAUCUGCGAUCGCACGCUAACUACGUCUGAAGAGCUAUGAUUGACCUCCCCUCUCGACAGUAUCAUCUAGUGCGACGCGUUUACG